AUGAACAGACAAGUUGGCAAGACUUCUGGUGGCGGGAGCCAGGGUUUCUCUGGCCGCUCUGCUGUGGUCUCCGGCAGCAGCAGAAUGAGCUGUGUGGCCCGCUCGGGGGGAGCCAGCGGAGGGGCCUGUGGGUUCCGUGGUGGAGCUGGUGGCUUUGGCAGCCGCAGCCUCUACAACCUGGGUGGCAACAAGAGCAUCUCCAUCAGUGUGGCAGGUGGCGGCUCCCGGGCUGGUGGCUUUGGUGGAGGACGUAGCGUGUGUGGAGGAGGGUUUGGAGGUGGCUUUGGGGGUGGCUAUGGAGGUGGUUUUGGUGGUGGCUACGGAGGUGGCUUUGGGGGUGGCAGAGGAGUAGGAGGUGGCUUUGGAGGAGCUGGUGGUUUUGGAGGAGCUGGUGGUUUUGGAGGCCUUGGUGGCUUUGGUGGCCUUGGUGGCUUUGGCGGUCCUGGUGGCUUUGGCCCUGGUGGCUUCCCUGGAGGAAUCCAAGAAGUGACUGUCAACCAGAGCCUCCUGCAGCCCCUCAACGUGGAAAUCGACCCUCAGAUUGGUCAAGUAAAGAGCCAGGAGCGGGAGCAGAUCAAGACUCUCAACAACAAGUUUGCCUCCUUCAUUGACAAGGUGCGUUUCCUGGAGCAACAGAACAAGGUCUUGGAGACCAAAUGGAACCUCCUCCAGCAGCAGGGCACAAAUUCCAUCACAGGCACCAACAACCUCGAGCCCAUGUUUGAGUCCUACAUCAGCUCCCUUCGGAGCUACCUGGACAAGAUCCUUGGGGAGAGAGGCCGCUUAGACUCAGAGCUGAGAAGCAUGCAGGACAUGGUGGAAGACUUCAAGAAGAAAUACGAGGAUGAAAUCAAUAAACGUACAGCUGCUGAAAAUGAAUUUGUGACUCUGAAGAAGGAUGUGGAUGCUGCUUACAUGAACAAAGUUGAGCUUCAGGCCAAGGUUGAUGCGCUCAUAGAUGAGAUCAACUUCCUCCGAAGCAUUUAUGAUGCGGAGCUGUCCCAGAUGCAGAGCCAUGUCAGUGACACGUCUGUGGUGCUGUCCAUGGACAACAACCGCUGCCUGGACCUGGACAGCAUCAUUGCUGAGGUCAAGGCUCAGUAUGAGGAUAUUGCUCAAAGGAGCAAGGCUGAGGCUGAGGCCCUGUACCAGACCAAGUUGGGAGAACUGCAGACCACGGCCGGCAGACACGGGGAUGACCUGAAGAACACCAAGAGCGAGAUCAUGGAGCUCAACAGAAUGAUCCAGAGGCUGCGGGCAGAGAUUGAGAACGUCAAGAAGCAGAAUGCUAACCUCCAGGCAGCCAUCGCAGAAGCCGAGCAGCGUGGGGAGAUGGCCCUCAAGGAUGCCAAUGCCAAGCUCCAGGACUUGCAGGCUGCACUGCAGCAGGCCAAGGAUGACCUGGCCCGGCUGCUGAGAGACUACCAGGAGCUCAUGAAUGUCAAACUGGCCCUGGACGUGGAGAUCGCCACCUACAGGAAGCUGCUGGAGGGCGAGGAGUGCAGGAUGUCUGGGGAGUGUCAGAGUGCAGUGAGCAUCUCUGUGGUCAGCAGCAGCAACACGACUUCGGCCUCAGCUGGUGGCUAUGGAGGCGGCUACGGCGGUGGCUUCGGCGUGGGAGGUGGCGCAGGCAGCGGCUUCGGCCGCGGAGGCAGCAGUGGAUUCGGGGGUGGCAGUGGAUUUGGGGGCGGCAGUGGAUUCGGAGGCAGCAGUGGAUUUGGGGGCAGCAGUGGCUUCGGUGGAGGCAGCAGCAGCAGUGGCUUCGGCUCUGGCUCCGGGGUCAGUGGUGGAGGCUUCAGCUCAGGCAGCAGCAGAGGCAGCAACGUCAAGUUCUCCUCCUCCUCCCAGCGCUCCUCCAGAUAA